ACAACAAUCGACUAGUAAGUACUUUAUGCAUCCAAACGAAAUAAGCAGCACACUUCACGCAACGGAACCCAGCGCCAGAUUGACAUUAUACAACAUUACUUGACUUUAAAAAUGAUUUGUUAUGUAUUUAAAGGUCAAGCAUUGCAAAAUAAAGGGAGGACAAGUGAAAAGCUUAAUUCAGGUGGAUUGGAGGAUAAAGAAGACAAGAAAGAGAAGGAAGAAGGGAAUGGCGACCUCCAAGCGAUAGCAGAGGAACCAGAGGAAUUUUUAGAUAACGCAAACAAAAAUACUCCCCAAGGAUCUAAUCAAGGAGUAAAGAGUGCUGCGGGUCCAAAGCGAGCUCUUCCCGCUUUGGCAGCAACAGUUUUAAAGAAUCCUAAAAUACAGGAAGCGGUUGUGGACAAAGGACUGGAAGUAAUGAACAAAUUGGUGGACAAGCAACUCAGGAUUAUCGACGAAGCACAGGAAAAAGCUUCCAACUUUUUAGCCAAAGAGAUCAAACUGGAUAUUAUGCCUGACAAAGGAUGGAGUACUCCGGACAUGUUUGUUCCCCCCGGAUACCACAUGGGUGCAUCUAUCUCGGGCGUACCAAAACCUGAAAAGGAGGAGGGGGAUGUUCCUUAUACCUAUGCACCGUCAACUGGUUUGGGAUAUGUGAUGAUGAACGGCUGCUGGGGGAAGAAUUACACUGCAAGUGAUCCAUGCUACAACGCCAAAUGGACGUCCAGUGUCUGCCAGAAUAUGAUUGACGGGGCAGCUUUCCUGGGCGUUGGCUUCGAUGGUCGAGGAGAAUACAGUCCGGAAUCCAGGAAAAUGAGUAUUGUGCAGCGGAACUGCAAGAACAAAGCAACAUACGACAAUUACGAUGUACCAGACACCAUGAAUGUGCACGGAAUUUACGACACUUCAGCCAAUAUGCACACGUUUGAGAGCCGUGGAGAAUUUCAAAGUUAUUUACAGCAAGAAGCUGGUGUGUCUGGAUCGUAUUUUGGGUUUUAUGCCGGUGCUAAGAAGGCCUGGGGCAGCUCCGUGUCGGCAGCCCAGCAGCAGUAUAUGUCAGUAUUGGAUGUUGAUGUGGACAGGUAUGAAGUUUUCAUGGACGAAGUGAAGCCUGAAGAUUUAAGCUUAGCGUUUCUGCGAGAAUUCAUGAAUCUUCCAAACGACUACUUUGGUUCAGGAUCCCCGAUGAAAUACCAAAAUUUCAUUCAGAGAUGGGGAACCCACUUCAUCAAAUCCGCCAAGUUCGGUGGAGAAUUGGAAAUACGCAAGACGAUGGAUGCUAAGCAAGCCGGGACAAAAACACAGUUUUCCGAGCAAAUGGAAUUUGAGUACAAAAGCCUAUUUGCCAGUGUCGGCGCCAAAUACAAGAAAGAAGGAGGAACGACGGUUAAACAGGAAACAAAAACAACAUCCACUGCAGUAGAAGCUAAAGGAGGAAGUCAAGAUAUUGCUUCAAUUCUGUCUGAUGUUUACGCACCAACGUUCAAGACAGAAUUCAAAGAAUGGCUUCAAUCCAUCCCUCAAUAUCCCAAGGCGUUCAAAUUCCAGAUGAGCUCCAUUUCAGACUUGGUGAACUUCCGGGCCAACGACUUGUUCCCGGAUGACAAGGUAACCUGGGGGUGCGAAGGAAAAAGGGCAGAACUUGAGACGGAGAAAGAUGGACGCAAGUUCUAUUACGCUUAUCCCAUUAAAGGGAAAAAGAAGAAAAUUUAUUGCAAGUACGACAGCCGUCUAAGCCUGGAGACAGCGAUAAUGGAGAAGAGGACUAGCUUGAAAAGAGCAAUUGAAAUCUACAUGGAGGAGGGCCCGGUAUCGUUGUCGGACGUUAGCCUUGAGAAAUGCCCACCCGCUACUACUACGCCCACAACAAAGCCUACAACCCAGUCUGGAAAGAGAAGAGACGAGUGGAUGAAUCAGCAAGUGGCUCCAAAAUGGCAGGAACUUAUUAGCAGUGAUUCUACAUUUCAAGUGGCGUUUGAUAUGCUGGAUGAUCUGAUUAACCCAUUGCACAGUGCUUUCAGUAUUAACAAAGACAUGAGGCGAAGCGUUCGUUUCAGGAACGGCGAGUGGUACACAAGUGACAGCGAUAAUGCAUUCCAUCUGUACAGCGGUUUUAGUGGUGCAACCAACGACCCUCGAAAACACAGAAUGACCAUAUUUGGUUUGACGUUAUUCUACAAUGAAAAGGAUGGCAGCUUGCUCCUAGACGAAGAAGAUUUCCAGCCCUCAAAGAAGGUGUUUCCUACACUUGCCGCUGACAUGAAAGGAAAACCUCUAGCCAGGGUCGAAUCUGUGAACAGAGAAGGUGCAAACAAGAGGAACAAAAUACGCUUGGCCACUCAGGCGUCCGCCGAUAAUGUGCCAUGUCACGCGGAAUGGUCCAAUAUUCUUCGUAUAGAUCUCGUGAAUAUGAAAGGAAAAUGCCUCCACUUUACUGCGGCGUCAAAGGGAACAAUUUAUGUGGUGUUUUCUGCCUCUCCAAGGAAUCUGAACGCACGCUAUGUCGUCGAAAUCUCUCCUCAGAAAGUUGUCAUUUUCAAGGGUACAGCAGCCGCUCGGGAUUCGCCGUCUACAACAGCUGUAGAUGCUGUGGCCCUGGGAGAAAGCGUGCUUUACGAAUCCUACUUCGUGUGCAUCACUAUUUCUGGUCAAGCAACACUGAUCGAGUAUGGUAAGAGUGUGGGAACAAAGGACGGUGGAAUCGUCUACCUCAACAUGAUUGACAGGAGCAGAAACUUCGACAUUAGAUUCUAUGCUUUUGGAAAUAAGGACGAGCCAGCAAACAUUAUGGACGCUCAUAUCGUGUCACACAAGCGAACGGAAGUCACGUGCAAGGGAGGCACAAUGAAAGACGCGAUCGAGAAUUUGUGCGCGAAAAAUUGUCACAAACAUUGUAAUCCUGUAGCAGGCUGCAAAGCACCGAACAGUGAUGAACAGUGCUAUGUUUGUCGAGUUGUGAAGAAAGCAGGCACGGAGCAAUGUCUUGACGAAUGUCCAUCAACGUCUAUGAUAAACAAAAACAAGGAGUGUGUUGAAUCCUACGAUGCAAAGGUGGAGUUCGGAUGGCUCUUGAGCAGAGAAAUCUCAGUCGAAGACGAACUUAGUACCUGCAUGUGGUUGAAGUUGGGAGAGGGAAACUGGAAUGAAGACAGUGAUUUCGUUUGGCCGGUUUGGUUAGAAAUGAAUGGCAUGAAUAUGCUCACCUCUAUAAGAGGAGAAGCUGAUGGCCUUUUCUUGCUGUAUACACACGGUGGCAUCAAUGAAAAACGAAACGUGGAUUUGUUCAAAGACAAAGCCUGGCACCAAGUGUGUAUGUCAUGGUCAACUAAGACGGCUGCCUGGUCUAUUUACAUCGACGGUAAGAGGGAUACAUACGGAACGUACAACGACUUCCUGGGACGAAGGCUGGGUACCUUGAAGAUUGUAAAUUCCAAAUCGCUAAACAAAAUGCUCAUUACACAAGUCAACCUCUGGGACCGCGUCCUCAAUAAUCAAGAGAUCGAAGCCAUCUCGAAAUCGUGCAACAACGGAAUAGGAAGCUUACUGUCCUGGGCUGAUUUGUACGAUGUAGCUAAGAAAAGGCGAUACAUCAAACCCUCCUCAUGCCAAGCCACUCCAGAAGCUGUGUCCACUACUGUCACGCCACCCCCGACAACAGUGACAACUACACAGGCAGUGACUACAAAGGCACCAGCACAGGAGAACCGAAGAUUCAACUCAAACUAUGGGAUGUGACGAGAGGCAAAGGGAUACGACAACAAUGCGAUGACGUUCAUACGGGUGCCAGUGAAGUGAUAUUUAUAACAUAACUAAAGCAAAGCGCGCGCUCUGAUUGGUUAAUUUAGCGUCUA